AUGUGGACAGGUUCUGAGUCCUGUAAUAUCUGUUUAGGUUCUGAGUCCUGUAAUAUCUGUUUAGGUUCUGAGUCCUGUAAUAUCUGUUUAGGUUCUGAGUCCUGUAAUAUCUGUUUAGGUUCUGAGUCCUGUAAUAUCUGUUUAGGUUCUGAGUCCUGUAAUAUCUGUUUAGGUUCUGUUCUGAGUCCUGUAAUAUCUAAAAAUAAAUCUGAUAUUCUUCUUCUUGUUUCUGAGCCAAGACUAAUCCAUUGGAAUCAUACAAUUAGUAAGGAGCUGGAUUAUAAAUCUGAAAAGUUUGAUAUUCAACAAUCUUUGUUUUCUGGAAAUCCUGUCUAUGUCCUAGAGAAAACGCAGAACCGUGUGAAUGGUGUGGUUGACAGAAGGGAGGGAGGAGAUCAAGAUGGAUGGAAGACCCUGUAUCCUUAAAAGACAAAAUCAGAU